AUGCUUCGGAGAACUGAUGGGAAAAGUGAGGAAAAUCGUUCGGGUGAUAUAAAUACCAAUCCAAUAAAGAAAAAAGUCGAUUCUCUUCUUUCCAGUAAUUUUCAUACUGAUCAGCAUUACGUUUUGGAUAUAAAUAUAAUAUUGCAGAAUUUUCUUGGUAUGAUGGAUUAUGUUGCAUCAAUGAUUGGCGAAAUAGAUUUGCAUACAGAACGGCGGCUUAUGAUAAAAUUAGAAAAGGAAAAAUUGAGGGUUUAUCAUAAAUAUCUAAAUGAUUUUGAAAAGGUAAAUAAUAGUGUGCAAAGUUUUGCUGGUAAAGUUCAUGAAUUAAAUAAGAUUUGUGCUGAUAUGACGAAUCGAAUUCGAAGCAAUAAAGAGAAAACUCAAGAUUUGUUAUCUAAAACGACUGCACUUCAAACUGAAAAAAAAUUAUUAGAGAAAAAGAAGCAAGCUGUGGAUGAUUUUUUUGAAAGAUUUUCUCUAUUGCCUGAGGAAGAAAAGGCUCUACAGGGAUCAGAACUUGAUGGAACUAUUGAUAAUAACUUUUUCACGGCCUUACAGCGAAUUAAAACAAUUCAAAUUGACAGCAAACAACUUUUGAGAAGCUCUGGUGAAAAUUUGGCUGCACUUGAAAUUAUGGAAGAUAUGGCAAAAAAAUUAGAGCAAGCUUAUGAAGUUCUCUAUCGUUCAGUUCAAAGAGAAUGCCGUUUAUUAAAUAUGGAUUUUAUGGAAAUGAAAAGUGUUCUUUUGCAAUCGAUGGCUACACUUCAAGAUAGACCUGUUCUUUUUAAAUAUGCAAUAGACGAAUAUGCUACUGCUCGUCGUAAUCAUAUUGUCCGUUUAUAUAUCGAUGCGUUAACUCGUGGUGGCUCAAGUGGUGUUCCAAAACCGAUCGAAUUACUCUCACAUGACUCUUUACGAUAUAUUGGUGACAUGCUGGCUUGGAUUCAUCAAUCAUUAGCGACUGAGCGUGAAUUGUUGCAGGUUUUAUUAAAAUUAUGUAAAGCAGAAGUUUUGGAGGAAAAUAGUAUGAGCAUUUUAAGCGAAAUUUCUGAAGCGAUGUGUAGACCAUUCAAGGUGCGCGUAGAACAAGCUCUUUCCAAUGAAUCCAAUUGUAUUGUCCUUUAUCGGUUAUCCUGUUUGUUCACAUUUUAUGGAGAUACUAUAAGACGAACCUUGUGCAAAGAAGCUGUACUUUCCCUCACCAUUGAUGAACUGCGAGCACUUGCGUUGGAUAUGUUCUUUAGUGGUUUAAAAUCAGCUGUGCAGAAAUUUCUUUCCAAAAUAAAUACUCCUGAUUACGAUCUUUUGCCUGUACAUGCGGCCCAUCAAGUGCUUAUGCUUUUGAAAGAUGUACUCGAAUCACAUGAUAGUGUCGUUGCUGUCGUUGUUGAUAAGAAAGAAAAUUUUGAAAAGAUUUUUGCUGCUGUUCUUGAUCCGCUUAAUCAAGCGAUUCAGAUAUCAGCUACUCAACUUCACUCACCACUUGAUAUUGCUGUAUAUACAUUGAAUUGCUUAUCAGCUAUUAAUUCAUUGAUUAUUCUUUAUCAGUACACUGAUUCUCGGUUGGAAAUGAUUAAGGCUCAGAUUACUGCCAACGAAGAUGUACUUGUUAGCGAGCAAGUGACAAUGAUACUGAACCAGACAGAUCUUAUGGAAAUAUAUAAAAAAUCAUGUGCUCAUCGAUCCAAUCAGGGAGCACUAUCAGAAAUCUCUGGUAUGGAACCUUCACGUAUAUCCAGUGCUUUUGCUUUGUUCGAUGCCUUCCUAGCUAAUCCUGAUAACUUUUCCCUGGACCAGUUCUCCAAAAUUUCUUCGGCUCGUAUUCGUGAAUCCGUACAACAGCGAACGAUUGAUGACCUUAUUGCAGCUUAUAAUGUAAUAUAUAAUAAGAUUAUCGACGAAAGUAAUAAAUAUCCACCUAUGCAUCUGAAACCAAUUGAACAGAUUAAAGAAUUAUUACAAGGAUGGAAAUAA